AUGGUCAUACUGGAAUCAUUGGCUAUGAGUCCUAAAUGCAGCCUCGUCAAUGAGACAUAUGUCGACUUUGAAAAACGUUUUAAUAAGGAAUUAUGCGCAACCGAUGAUUAUCGGCGUUUCAAAAGUCAGGGAUGGCUUGUGACAAUUCUAUGUUGUACGGUUUUUAUAACAAGCAUUGUCCAUAUCAUAAUCUCGUGGACAGUUUAUGAGUUACCUACAUUACAAACCAUAUCGUGGCACGCCUUGCUUAGCGCUUUCGCUAUGCAAUUUCGGAUCUUAGAGCUGAUCACCCACUUAACAGGUUUGAAUGAAUUCGCUAUUAUAUUGCGUUAUAAUCUCAAUGAAAUGGGUGAAAGAAAUAUACGUCGAGUUUUCGGACCUUAUCUCCUUGGACGAUCAUUUGUAAAGGGGAAUGUUAUACGCGUCAAACCAAAGACCAGUCAGCCAAGUGAAGAAGAAGAUGAGCGAAAGUUGAGAGUCUACAAAAAGUUUUAUGGCGAAAUUUUUAUUAUGUUCAAGACUAUUAACGAAUGUUACGGCUGGUCCUUGUUGUUUUACAUGAUGAUGUAUUUUCUUUAUGUCAUCAUAAAUUCUUAUCGGGUCGUUGUGUGGCUUAUAUCACAAAACCAAGAGGAGAAUGAUAUGAUAAGAAUUUUUAUUAUGUUAAUGAUUGUGGUGGUACAAUUGUGGAUUUUAUGUUGGCAGUGUCAAAAUAGCCAUGAACAGAGCCACCAAAUUGGUUGCAAUAUGUAUAAACUCGUUAAACCGUCGGGUAAUAAGAGUUACAAUGAAUUGGUCACUGAUUUUUCGUUGCAAGUGUUGCAUCAAGAAUUCAGCAUUACGGCGAAACAAUUCUUCAAUUUGGAUCUCAGUCUUUUGGGCAGUAUGAUUGCAUCCACUGUCACCUACCUGGUCAUACUCGUACAGUUCAUGUUCGCUGACAAGAAUAAAGCUGCGCCAAAACUGAUUGUGAAUAGGUUUGUGAACUUUGGCAAUACCACCGUAAGAACGAGCGAGUAG